AUAUUAUUACGCUUCCAUCGCCUACACGUAUCUUCCUCACUUUCCGCAAUUCUCCCUCCACUCCUGUUGCUUUACCCAUAUCCAACAACAAUUUGAUAAGAGACGUUACAGAUCAUCUACAUGGAUUUAUAUUCCAGUAAACGAGCUGUUGGCUGGGCUGCUGCCUCUAGAAAGGGAUCAGGUUCUGGUACACGAGAUACCGAUUGCUCUAGAGAUGAAGCUGCUCAAUUCUGCAAUCGACUUGGAUGCAGUGGUAGACUUAACUAUACAAAACAUACUCGAAGUAGUUUGUUAAACCAACCCAAACCUUUCAGAUCUUCCUCUCGUCCUUCACACAGCAAGGAAGUAGCCUCUUCAUUGAUCAAUGUGAAAAAACCUCUCCAGGAAUCCCGGAAGAAGCUGUCAUCUGGGACUGAGACAAGUUCCACCCAUUCAAGCAGUGUUUCAGAAGAAUCUAGAAUUCAAGUGCUUAAUGCUUCAGCCAAACUUAAGUCAAAAUCCAGAGGCACCGAGUCUAACAAAGUUGGAUUCACGCCGGUUGGUAGGACAGUUGAAAUGGGAUCAUCCAACACAAAAAUAAGGAAGGUGUAUGGUCAAAAAUCUGGUCUUCCGAACCAAGAUGCUCAAAUUACUUCUUUUGACAGUGGCAGGAGAAGAAAUGUUGUAAAGAAGAGAUUGACUGAAGGAGAAACAGGCUCGUCUGCUAGAGGGAAGAAGAUCAGUGGGCCAUCAUCAGAUGAGGGAAGUUCUAUUUCUGAUUCUAGACGCUCAACCAAUUGGACGGCCUGCAGUGGAAGUAAUGUUUCAUCAGUAAGGACUCGGAGGUCUGUCAAUGUGGACCUUUCAACCAGAUGCAUUCAUCAGCUACAUAGAAACAAUCCAUCUCCAGUCCAGUCGACUCGUGUGACUCCUGACAUGUCGCAAACCGAAAUAUGUUGGUUAUCCGAGGAAACUUCAUCAAAUGGUUCUACCCCUAAUAGUGGCUGUACUUCCAGUGAUACCUUAUCUAGCAUGAUGCCUGUUGCUUCUACAGAACAGUCCGUUGGCCACUUUAAUGAUCGUCACUGCUCAGGCCGAUACAAUGUGGAUGCAAUUGCAAAUGUACUACUGGCACUUGAGAGGAUUGAACAAGAUGAGGAGUUAACAUAUGAGCAAAUUCUAUCACUGGAGGCAAAUUCACUUCUUCGUGAUUUCAACUCCUAUGAUCAACAUAGGGACAUGAGACUAGACAUUGAUAACAUGUCCUAUGAGGAACUAUUAGCACUGGAGGAGAAAAUGGGUAUAGUAAGCACAGCACUAUCUGAAGAUGAAUUGUCGAAAUGUCUUAAAAUUAGCUUAUACGAACCAUUGCAUGUGAAAGAGUGGAGAAUGAAAGGCAGUUGGUGUUUGGAUAACACAAAAUGCAGUAUCUGUCAGGAAGAGUUUAUGGCAGGAGAUGAAAUAGGAAGGCUGAGUUGUGCUCAUGGGUACCAUGCUGUGUGUAUCAACCAGUGGCUGCAGUUAAAGAAUUGGUGUCCCAUUUGCAAGGCUUCGGCAAAACCAUCACCCUCUGCGUAAAUAUAUAUACGGGUGCGUGUCUGAUUUCUGUGUACAAAGUCUUCCUAUUGUGUUAAUUGUACAUAUAUACUUAGUUUGAAAAGGCUAAUAAACCCAAGCUUCUUAGCUUUGUGAUGUGGAUACACUUGGAACUUCAAUGAAAGUUUGUCAUUUGUCA